UGAAGCACAAUGAUGGAGAGAUAUAGAGAGCAUUAUGGGUGGUGUAUGCGGGCGCUCACAUGGUCUUGUGUCUUCUGUUCUCUCAGUCGUCCCGUGCCGUUGUCUUUCUUUUUGAAUACAAAAGUUCAAGUCUAGCGAGGACAGUCAUUAAAAUGGGUGACAGAUACACAGGAACCAGUGUGUAUGUUGGAGCAUUAAGUCCUUAUACAAAUGAAGAUGACUUAUACAAUUUGUUUAAACCAUUUGGCAACAUUAGUAACGUUGCUGUUAUAACUGACAGGGAAACUGGUGAACCUAAAGGAUUUGCUUUUGUAAACUUUGAAAAUGAACAAGAUGCACAAGAUGCUGUGGCUGGUGCCAAUGGUGAGGAAAUCAGAGGAAAUCAAAUAACUGUGGAGAUUUCUAAACCAAAACGAUUUAGCUCCAGAGGAGGUGGUGGUGACCGUGGAUUUAGAGGAAGUCGUGGCUAUCGAGGUGGUGGUGGAGAUCGUUAUGGUGGUGGUGGUGACAGAUAUGGUGGUGGUAGAGAAAGGUAUAAUAAUGAUGGUGGUGAUCGUUAUGGUGGUGGUGGCAGAGGCGAUCGUUAUGGUGGAGGGGGAGAUCGUUAUGGUGGAGGAGGAGAUCGUUAUGGUGGUGGAAGUGAUCGCUAUAGUGGUGGUGAUCGUUAUGGUGGUGGUGGUGAUAGGUAUAGCAGCAGAGGUGAUCGUUAUGGUAGUAGUAGUGACAGGCAUGGUGGUGGUGGUGGUAGGGAUAGAUACAAUGAAGGCAGUGACAGAUAUGGUGGUGGGGACAGAUAUGGUGGUGAAGGUGAACGGUAUAGUGGCGGGGGAGGUGAUCGGUAUGGUGGAGGCAGUGAUCGUUUUGGAGGUGGAAGAGGUAGAGGUUAUGGUGGCAGAGGAGGUUCACGAGGUGGACGUGGAAACUUUGGAAGCAGAUAUUAAAGGGAAAACUGCAAGUGUUAACGAAGACAAUGCUCUGCAUCAUUUAAAAUAAGGAUGGUAUGAAUUAUAACUUACAUUAUAUCCUGUGUUGGCUCGGUGAUGGGAGCAAACACCCAAUUUUUGUUACGUUGAGAGCUUGCCUUAUAAUUUUUUUGGUGGCAUUGCUAUUUCACUCUUGCCCUGUUAAUUUAUGACUGGAUGGUUUUAUGGCUUGUUGCGUUUUGCGUGAAUUUAAUUUUAGAAACUGCAAAAAAAAUUUCCACAUGCUUGUAUGGAUACAGUAUGGGGGCUGGUUCUGUUUUCCAAGCUAAAAUCAGCCAUCUGGUAAUCUCGGUUUCCUCACUAAUGCUUAUAAAAAUCAACAACCUGUAAUAUGGAAAGUCAACCCGUUAACUAGUAUCUUGCUUUUUUCCACCAAGAUCCUAGCAAGGCAGACUGAAUUUUCUCGAUGUAAUAGCUCCCAGCUGUCCUUAGUGCUGUUUAAUCUUUUUAAAUACGUGUUGAGUGUUGAAUUCUAUUUCAAUUUUCGAUUUAGUUAUACAAAGAGUAUUUCUCAACAACACGAAUUAUGGUCAGGUUUACCACACCCAGCAAAAAAGUAGUAUAUUUUUUAUUCUUGGCAACUCAAAUUAGGCAAAAUCUGCGUUUUGUGUUGUUUUUGCUUUAUUUUUAGAACAUUUGGUGGUUUGUUGAAAAGCAGUAAAUAGAAGACCGGGUCUAGGCUGCUUGUGAUAUUGAUUGUGGCACCAUCAUGAGGAAAUGUAAAAUUUAAAGGGUGGCCAUAUAUAAAGUAAGGCUUGGCAUUGUUAGAUGCGAUAGAAUCUGCACGUUCACGUGAGGACAAAGCUGGAGCUCAAUUCCGGGGUCGAUAUCCGUGUGAGUUGAGAUGUACUUAUACUGAUCGAUGUGUUAAUGAGAAAACAACAUUAAUGGAAAUAA